AUGCGCAAAGCAUCCCGCUGCCACACGCUGAGCUCCAUGGCCAACUCCGGCUGCCUGCUCCUUUCCAGCUCUGGGAUGCUACCUCACUCCCUCCAGUGUCCCCCUGCCUUCCUCUACCUACCCGAGGGCUUUGGGUUUGUAACUUUUGAAACGAGCACAGAUGCCGAUCGUGCACGGGAGAAACUAAACGGUACAAUCGUAGAGGGACGCAAAAUAGAGGUCAACAAUGCAACGGCACGAGUGAUGACAAAUAAAAAAGUGGCCAACCCUUACACAAAUGGCUGGAAGCUGAACCCAGUGGUAGGAGCUGUCUAUGGUCCUGAACUGUAUGCUGUAGCAGGGUUUCCCUACCCUGCCACAGGGGCUACGGUGGCCUACAGGGGCGCUCACUUGCGAGGCCGGGGGCGGGCUGUGUACAAUACAUUCCGCACAGCACCUCCACCACCACCCAUCCCAGCUUACGGAGCGGUGGUGUACCAAGAUGGCUUCUAUGGUGCAGAGAUCUAUGGUGGCUAUGCAGCAUACAGAUAUGCCCAGCCCACCACCACUGCUGCCUACAGUGACAGCUACGGCAGAGUCUAUGCAACGGCAGACCCUUACCACCACACGAUCGGCCCCGCCGCCACGUACAGCGUGGGCACUAUGGCUAGCCUAUACAGAGGAGGGUACAGUCGCUUCACUCCCUACUAA